AUGGACUCUCCCAUCGUGCAAAAAGCGCUUGACCAUGUCCGGCAGAUUCUCUCGCCUCCUGAGAAAAUCCAGUGGGCCCUUGCUGGCGUUGGCGCAUUGUACAUCGGCACGAAGCUAUUGAGCUACCUGUCCCUGAUCCUCAGCUCCGUCGUCUUUGUUGGUCACCCACUUCGAAAAUAUGGUCGCGUUGGCACAUGGGCCGUCGUGACCGGCGCUUCGGAUGGCUUGGGAAAGGAGUACGCAACCCAGCUCGCGGCCAAGGGCUUCAAUCUCAUCCUCGUCUCCCGAACGCAAUCCAAGCUCGACACCCUCGCCGUGGAACUGAAACAGAAAUAUUCCGCCAAGGGCUUGCAGAUAAAGACGCUGGCCAUGGACUUUGCCAAAAACGACAACGGUGACUAUGAACGGUUGCGCGAGAUGCUCGGUGGUCUCGAAGUGGCGAUUCUGAUCAACAACGUUGGCCAGAGCCACAACAUGCCCGUACCGUUCAUCCAAACGCCCAGGGAGGAGCUCGAGAACAUCAUCACCGUCAACUGCAUCGGCACCCUCAAGGUCACCCAGCUGGUCGCCCCGAUCCUCAAGGCCCGCAAGCAUGGCCUGAUAUUGACCAUGGGCUCCUUUGGUGGUUGGACGCCCACGCCCUACCUGGCCACCUAUUCCGGCAGCAAGGCCUUCCUCCAGCAGUGGAGCAACGCCUUGGCCUCGGAGCUGGCCGAUGAUCACAUCGACGUGUAUCUGGUGCUGAGCCACCUCGUCACCACCUCGAUGAGCAAAAUCCGCCGCCCGAGUCUGCUCAUCCCUAGCGCUCGCAACUUUGUCAAGGCUGCCCUAGGGAAGAUUGGGCUCGGCGGCUACCAGACGGCUCCGAACACGUAUACUCCGUGGUGGAGCCAUUCGAUCAUGCUGUGGCUCAUCGAGAACGUGCCCGGUGUCAACAGCCCCGUCGUCAUCUGGAUCAACAAGAAGAUGCACAUUGACAUCCGCGCGAGAGCCCUGCGCAAGCGCGACCGCGAGGCGAAGAAACAGUAA